UUUCCGUAACUAGCUCUGUCAACCAUUAUGGAAAGAAAGAAUUCCGCUUUUUUUUGACAAGGCUUCGUAACUAAAGGACGAUCGGUGCCACUCGCAAGAUCUAAGGAUUCAACAUUUAUUUGUUUAAAUCGUAGGCCUACAAUGUGUCCUGUCAGGUAUCUGUCAUUGUUUAUCAUUUUGGUCUUUGUGCGGCUCUCCCUCACUGCGGAGGGGAUUCUAUGCGAGAUUCCGAAGGAAGAUGAUGGAGCAUGGGGUUCAUCUCCUCUGAGGUUCUCCUCCACUGAGACUUUGGCGACUCGACGAUUCUCUCAGUGUGUCAGCAUGCACAUUCGGCUUCGACCCGAAGACUUCAACCAUAGAACAAACCAUGCGAGAAUGAUUAUUAUCCUGUCAUCAGGUAUAAAUAUUACCAUCAAGAAGUCCGGCUUAAAAAAGAUUAAGUGGAGGACAUGGGACCAUGUCAGAAGAAUAAAAGGAAUAUGUCCCCCAACUUGCAGAAACAAUCACACAAUGUGGGAGCUGAACUAUUCAUGUGUGAAGGCCGAAGCUGGCUCAACCGUGUCCGCGUCAUUUAUAGGUUCAAUAAACUACACUGAAAAAUACAACGUACCAGAUCCAGUGCCCCAGUUUCACCUGUCUGUGGCCCCGGGCUCCAGGAAGGUCAAUGUGACCCUGGCCCCGGGGCCCUCAGUGUACACCAUACUCUGCUACCGCAAUGAAAACUUGUGCAAAGCCAUAUCCAAACGCAUAACUAUUGAUCCUUCAAAAUCUCUGUCUGCGACUCUGAAUGUGUCGUACUUGCUGCCCUGUGUCUGUGUACAGGUGUAUUACACACACUCUGAUGCCAAGCGAGUCAUGGAGUGUCCUUUUGCAAACAUCUCUCUGGAAGCAGCGAGAGAUGUUUGGCUCUCUAGUGAAUUCAAACUGUACACGGACCGCAUCGCCUGGACGUCGCGGUGUUCUUCUAGCUACCUGAAGCACUCUGCCGCCCUCUGCUGGAAAAACGAUACAGGCCUCUGCACGCCCAUACUGAACUCAAGGCUGGCGAUGAUUAAUAGCUCAAGUCUAGUAAGUGGUAUGACAGAAGUGAAGGAGCUAGUAAUGAGGAUGGAGUGUUAUUGUGAGAUAUUCUUUUCCUUUUGUGUGAUCCCUUUUUCCGACCAUGACUUAUCCCUGUUGUCUGCUCUACAGUUGUACAACAUAUCAACUUUGGACAAGCACUCACAAAUGUGUCUACAGUUCUCUAUAAAAAACAACCGUCACGUCCAUUGUCCCUUCAAAUCGGAUAAGAGUGAAUGGGAGGCCCGUGUCGGCCCUGGUGGGAGCACCAUGUCGGUCCACCUCACCUCUUACGCCUCAGCCAUCUUCUCCGCUCAGCUCUGUAUCCUGCAACACAGCGGCUGUCACUCCGUAGGAGACCCUUACUCAGGGACAACGGAUGGGAGCAAGGGUGACUUGCAGUUAAAUGUACCUGUUCAUACCAUCGCUGAGAGGCCGUGUGUGCAGGUGUGGCAGUCUGCACCGGCUCGACUUGGGAAGAGAAUCUUGUGCCCUGAAUACACACACCGGAGGAGUGGUAUGCUGGUGGCGGCAGCCCUGCUGAUCGGAGUGCUGUUGGCACUGCUGGCUAUUGUUGUGUAUAAGGUGACAAAGAGUGGAACAACAGGUUGGCUGUCGAUCCACAAGCCUGUUCUGCUGGUGUGCUCUUCAGGACAGCCCGCCCACGUCUCAGCCGCCUGCGCCUUGGCCUCCAUCCUGCAGGGGGAGCUGUGUGCCGCCGUGCGCAUGGCCCUUUGGAGCCAGAGUUCAGACAGGCAGGCUGGCGCCGGAGCUGGCAGCGGGGUGGCUGACCUGGGCCCGCUCCCCUGGCUCUACGGAGAGUGGGACGCAGUGCAACAGGCCCAGGGCAAGCUGCUGGUCGUCUGGAGCCCCGAGGCCAAGCGUGUCUUUGAGAGAACAACAGAGCAGGAGACUCAGACGGAGAGGAGGAAACGAGAAGGAACCCGCAAGGUAGAGGCAAAGAGGGGGAAAGCGACGGACGCCUUGGACGGGGAGGAAGGCUGGAGAACGAUAGCAAGGACGUUAACGUACGGGACGGAGAAGGACGCCCUGUUGGAGGGCGAUGAUCCUUCGGACGUUUCGAGCGAGGGCUCUUCGAUCACGGGGCCGGUGUUGAGGGCCACCCUGGCCCGCCUGAAGGGGGUGCUGCGGGAGCCGGGAAGGAGCCACCCCGUGGUGCUCAUCUCCUUGCGCGGUCUCAACCACAACAGAGACAUCCCCGACGAGCUCCGAGGGGUCCCGCGAUACAGCCUCCCGGGGGACUUCCGGGGCCUGAUCCAGGAACUAGGGGGCAUCGUGUCGGGACCCAACUGGGAGGAGUUAGGGUGCGACUGCUGGCCCAGACUGCGCUCCAAAGUACUGUUGCUGUGGUUGGCACGACGACUGUCCCACCAACUGAAAACGUGGCUGCCAUAGUCCCAGAUAAUUACGAGGACUCGACAAAUGAGCCGUCAAAUCUGGAGAUAAUGCGAUGAAAAGGAAUAUUGGCUCCAUGUUGGGACAGGUCAAGAUUCCUGACCAUUGUGUUGGCUGUGUGCCAAAACAGGGAAUAGGAGCAAACAAAUGCAUGUGGUGAAGGGUCACCCUGGGGACAACAGGCAUGCAACGUCUCAAGUUCUAGCACUGUGACAGCACCAAACUGCUCCAGUGUGUAACACAAGCCAGUCCUCCAAAGAGAUGCGGUUAAACCACGACCAGCGCCACUUACAAUCACCCACUCAAAGAGCUAUUCAUCACAAUCUGGCACUGGUGACAUCUAAACACCUGUUUUGCCUUUUAUUUUACAUAAGUAAAUAUGUGGUUAUUUGCCUAGCAAAUAGACAUUGACAAUGCCUAGAACAGUACACUAUGUCUUAGUCAACAUUUGAGAGGCUUUUUGGGUGGGUAGAACGCUCACAUCCAUCAAUCCAUCAAUGCCACAUGAUGUGCGUGAUGUCUGAUGCCUUUGUUUCAACGUUGAUCUGAAAAAGAAAAUAGAAUCCGAAAGAAUUGGCAGCUUGCCUGUGUAAAUAAGCUUCAUGCUUAUUUAACUACUGUGGGAGUGUGUGUGUAUGUUGGCAGGUUUAGGCGGCCUCACCCGGCUGAGUCUGAAUGGACUGGGUGAGAGUGCCAACCUGUUGCACAUUCAGUGACUUACUGUUCACAGGUUAAACCAGCCGUCUCCAAACUAACACUCUCAAACUAACAGAUCUCCUGCUUGGCAGACCUGUUUAUUUGCUUACCACCUCUACAACAAACCGGAUUCAACAUCACCGCCCUGCGGCUUUUUUUUGGAGGAGCCCAGAAGGUGGGGGACCAGGUCAAUGCCAUACUCCACCUAGGCGGCCGCCACACUCCACCUAGGUGGAGUGUGGCGUUGACCUGGUCCCCGACGUUGCGCCUCUCCAGACUUUUAAGGACACGGAGGGGCUGCCUGAGGACGCGAUGGCCCCCAGCAGUGCUGACGGACCGCCACCACCCAGCACCAGGCCUUUCUCCGACAGUGUGUCGGAACCCAUCAGAGGACAGGGAGGGACAGGGCCACCGUCAGCAGCUACUCCCCCCUGCAGCAGCCCGGGGCCCAGAGGCCCCU